AUGGCCGAGGAAAUCAACCAGCGCCAAAAGCUGACCUGCAGCGCCAAGCUGGCCGAACAGGCGGAGCGUUACGAUGAAAUGGCCGAUGCGAUGAAGGCACUCGUGGAGACCUGCAUCAGCGGCAAGGAGGAACUGACCGUCGAGGAGCGCAACCUGCUGUCCGUCGCCUACAAGAAUGCCGUCGGAUCCAGGCGCGCUUCGUGGCGUAUCGUCAGCGGCGUUGAGCAAAAGGAGGCCAACAAGUCCAACGUGGUACAGCAGAACUUGGCUGCGGCAUACCGUGCAAAGAUCGAGAAGGAGCUCACGCAGAUCUGCAACAGCAUUCUUACCCUGUUGACCGACCGCCUCAUCCCCGCCACCACGGAUAGCGAGAGUCUGGUGUUCUACCACAAGAUGAAGGGUGACUACUACCGCUACCUCAGCGAGUUCUCGUGUGACCAGGAGAAGGUGGAGGCCUCAACCUCUGCCAAGGAAUCCUACCAGAAGGCCACGGAGAUCGCAGAGACCGAGCUGAAAUCCACCCACCCUAUCCGCCUUGGACUUGCCCUGAACUUCUCCGUCUUCUUCUACGAGAUCCUCAACAAGCCGCAUGAGGCCUGCGAAAUGGCGAAACGCGCCUUCGACGAGGCCAUCACGGAGUUCGACAGCGUCAGCGAGGACAGCUACAAAGACAGCACCCUCAUCAUGCAGCUGCUUAGGGACAACCUUACCCUCUGGGCCACCGACAUCCAAAAUGAUGCCACUGGUGAGAAGCCCAAGGUGGAGGAAUGA